UUGUUUGCUUAACCAUAACGCUGGGCAGGUGCAGGGGCUGGCUGGCUGUCGGAAAGCAGCAGGCUGAGCACUUCAGCACUAUUUUCCUUCCUCCAGGGCGGAACUGUAGCGAAAAAACCUUUAUAUGUAACUGUAUAGCGCCUUUUAUACAAUUUAUAGUUUAGAGGCUAAACAGUAGAUAUUUGGUUUCCGUGACUUUAAGUGUGAGAUGUGUAACGGUAAUGAAAACAUGAAAGUGACUGACCAUGAACCCCGCCUAGUCUAUUCAGGACGUUUUCGACACUGUUUGGUUCAUAUUCCUGAGUAAGCUGAUCCUGUAAAACACUGAAACACGAAUAUUUCGAGAACAUUACCAAGAGCUGCUCAUGAAUGUAGCUCAGGGAGGUUUAAUACAACCUCGGAGGAACCGGAGCUAAGCGCCGCUAGCCGCUCGAGUCGUGUGAGGAUUUGUCAAACGCUCAUUUAUUUAUGUUUACACAAAUAUAUCUGCUACAGGAUGGAGGACGGCUUGGCGUCAGAAGACGACAUCUGUGAUGCUGCACUCGGAGAAGGUGUUUCACAAUGCUGCAAAACGGAAUGACACAGGAAAGAUGCUGGAGCUUAUUAGGAAGGGGGUGGACAUCAAAGUUAAAAAUAAAGCAGACAGGAAGGCACUGCACUGGGCUGCAGGUGCAGGUAGUGAAGAUGCUCUGCGUCUGCUGCUGGAGCACGACACUGAGCUGGAUGAUGCAGACAGUUUUGGCAUGAGUGCACUGCUGCUGGCAGCGUGGUUCGGUCACCUUAAAAUAUUGCAGAUCCUUGUCUCAUCUGGUGCCAAACUCAACUGUGAAAACAAAAAUGGGCUUAAUCUUCUGCACUGUGCUGCCCAGCGAGGUCAUAUUCGUAUUCUGGAGUACAUCAUGGAGGAUCUGGAAGAUGUACGACUUGACAGAGUUGACAAGUCAGGUAAGACAGCAUUUCACCUGGCAGCAGAACAUGGACAGUUGGAGGUGAUGGAGUAUCUUAUUGGCAUGGGCUGCGCUCACGACCUCAAGGACAAGGAGGAGAACACUGCACUCCAUCUGGCAGCGAAACACGGCCAUGCAGAGGUUCUCCAGAAGAUUCUGGAAACAGGGGAGAACAUCAAUGAGAGGAAUAUUGAUGGUCUGACCGCUUUACACUUGUCUGUGGAUGGAGGGCAUUAUGACUGUGUCAGGCUGCUGCUUGAGGCUCACUGCAACAUCAACGUACUCACAAAUAGGAACAUGACGGCUCUUCACUUUGCAGUCCAGCAUGGAUCUGAAAGAGAGGUCAGGCUGCUUGUAGAAGCUGGAGUAAGUGUGGACUCAGUGGACAUUAACCAUACCACCGCACUACACUUGGCGGUGUUCAACAACUACACAGAGAUUGUUAAAAUACUCAUUGAUGCAGAAUGUGACCUAGAUAUACUUGAUGAGCGACAUCAAACAGCUCUGCACAUAGCAGCAGAACACGGGCGCCAAAAUAUAGCUGAACUGAUCCUCAUUGCUGGGGUUAACCUCAAACUUCUCGACAAGCAGGGAAAGACAUCACUGGACAUUGCAGCCAGAGGCAAUCAUGUGAACGUGGUCGACAUGAUUAUCAGAGCAGAUAGAUUUUAUAAAUGGGAACAGGACAAUAUGAGCUCCGCUGGAUCGUUAGUGGGAAGAAAUUUAAACUUCAAACAAGAUCAUCAGCAGGAGACACAGCAUAUUCGCUCCAUCUUAUGGAAGUUAGCCACCAAACACCUGAAAGCUGGGGAGUGGAAGACACUGGCGCAGCACUGGCACUUCACAGACGCGCACAUCCGAGCCAUAGAACAUGAGUGGACAGGUACUAAAAGCUAUAAGGACCAUGGACAUCGCAUGCUGCUGAUCUGGCUGCAUGGUGUGUUGAUUGCCGGAGAAAACCCCAUUAAAGGCUUGUACGAAGGGCUGAUGGGAAUCUCAAGGAUGGAUCUGGCAGAGAGUACGCGACAGCAGGCCAAUGCAGACCCCAACACUCCUAAGAAGUGCACAACAAUGUGAAACAGUGUUGUCUUGAAACACGCUGAAGAAAUUAUGUUUACAGCAAAUAAUACAAGAUGAAACACAGACCAGAGCUUAGUAUGCAAUAGAAUAUGAACCCAGUUUUCCUCAACAACACACUGAUUCAGUGAGUUUUGAAGGGCUACUACAGUACCAUCUGUUGAUUCUUGCAACAAUGAAAAGUGACAAAUUGAGCAUUUUAGUUUUAUGCAAAUAGAUAGAAUACUGUGAAGCGACAAAUCCAAAUCCAAACCCAAAUGACUGGGUAAAUUCCUCAGAUGCGGGUUGUCUGAUGUUCCCCAGUUCUACACUCCCAGCUUUUAGGUCCUACUUACAUUUAUUUUCUAUAAAAUUAGCUUUCAAUGAAACUUGGCUCAGAUUAAAGAAACCAGGAAAGUUAUGAACACAAUAUUUCGUUCAGAGAUAAAACUGAACAAUAGCUAGGAGUCUUUCCAUUUUCAAACAACUGCAAACAAAAAUUGCAAACCAGCAAAGCCAACAUGGUGAUAAAUUCUGCCUAUAGUUUAAAAUGUUGGACAGCACAACAGUAGCUCCUACUAUAUAAUAUCACAAAUGAAAACAGUAGCUGCUUAGUACAGUUUUAGAGGCAAACUGGACCAACAUCAGCAACUUUCAAUUUGUCAUGAAUCCAGGGUUAAGAGGCUACAGCUACAAGCACUGUGUUACUUAUUUUCCAAUAAAGAAACGUUAUUAUAAUUGAAUCCGUUUUUAUGAAUUGCAUUGCCGGUGUAAUGUCAUUCAAGCGUUAUCAUUAAAUUAAGCAACUCGCACAGCACUCUUUAAUUGUGGCUGUCUCCUGAGCUAGGUUUGACUAGAGGUUUUGGCUCACUAAUGACUCUAAUGACUCAACAAUUGAGGAGCCAAAUUGUGUAAAAUGGAGAUAAAUAUCCAACAAAGGAGACUUGUCAGUGUUUGCAGUCUUAUGCUGGAACAGUCACUUUCUUCUCUAGAUCUUAUCUUAUUCAGUGUUUACUAUGUCCUGCUAAUAUAAUAUGAAGAUUUACAUUUACAUUACAUACAUAUAAAAACUUGUUAUUUAAGAUAGCGCUACUGUUUUUUUGUAAAUAGAGUCACUGUUUACACUUGUGCACAAUGCAUGGCUUUAAUCUGAUGUUUAUAUCACAUGUUGUAGCAUGAAAAGCAUCAUGGCUUUUAAUGAUGUCAAGACUUGGGUUUAACUGUGACUUAAAAUAUUAAAAAAAAAAAAAAAAGCUAUUGACCCAUACAUAAGCAUACAUAGAAUGAAAAGGUUUAAUUGCUUGAAUGUUUAAUUAGCACUUUAAGGCUACAAUCACAAUAUUUUGGGAAGAGAAUCAUCCUUUAUUUAUCACAUAGAUGUAAAAUUUGUAAGAUCCCAAGCAGAUUGAAUUAUAGCAUUUAUAUUUCUUUAAAUGUCUUUCAAAUCUUUUUUCUGAUGUUGUGUAAUAUACUCAGGUAACAAUUUAGCUCCUAAAAAUGUCCUGAUUACAGCUUUAAAAUGCAUUUAGGUAAUGGUUAUUAUUAUAAUAAUUAUUAGUGUUGGAUAAUAAAGGUAAAUAAAUGUCAAAAGACUAAUGAAUGCCUAACGAAUUAUUUAUUUAUAUAUAAUUCAUGCAAAUAGUAGAUGGUGAACAAUGUAGGUGUUAGUACAUUUUUUAACUAAAUUUGCCUUUUAAUUCAGUAAAGCUGAAGGGAACCAAGUUGGAGGCUCUGCUCUAAGAUAAAGCUGAAUGAUCUCGUGCUCCUCUCAUGACUAUCAGGCGUCCUAGAAAAAACAAACCUUUGCCAUGUGAAGCAUAGAGUAAAGAGUAAAGUGCUCUUAGCAGAAGAGCCACAGUUAAAACUCAGACCUGAAAACACUGAACCUGAGCAAGAGCAAUCUACUUACAAUCCUGGGAUUUGAACUCAUCUUCUGAUUAUUAGUAUAGAGAACCUUAAUGCUGUGCCACCUCUUAUAGGGCAGCGAAGGUCAUCCAUCUGGGAGAAGAUUAGUUUUAGAGGCUACAAGCAUGAAUAUGGUCACAGGGAGGAAUUUUUUAUUUCAUUAUUUGUAUUUUUAGC